GCAACCCCAUUUGCCUCUUGCUCUAGAAUGACAGAAUGCUUGUAUCAUCCUCUCCAUCAACACCCAUGUCAAGACCAUAGACCAACCGGAUGGCCGUGAUGCCCAGGAAGAUUGUUUGGCGACGAUGACAUCUCCUAGCCCACCAUGGGCUCCCGACUAGAAAAGAACUCCGCGCUGGUGCGGAAGCGCAUUGAGGGCCACACCUUCAGCGACGAGCAAGGCGAGGAAUAUGAAGCCUCCAAGUUCGGCGGUUUUGCCGACUACAUGCGGAGGAAAAAGAUCAAACUACAGAACCUAGAUGUCGAAAUACGCGCAAAUUCUGCGGACAAGCCUCCUAUUUUCCGCGGUGUCGUCGUCCAUGUCAAUGGCUAUACCCAACCUUCUUUGAGCGAUCUCCAUACCCUUGUUGUCUCUCAUGGCGGCGGCUUCCUUCAGUACCUCGAUGGCAAGACUGCUGUCACCCACGUUAUCGCCAGCCACCUGACUCCUAAGAAGACGGUCGAGUUUGCACGAUACCGCAUUGCGAAGCCUGCCUGGGUGGUUGAUAGUGUGAAGGCGGGAAAACUGCUACCCUGGGAUGCCUACAGAUUGGUGGACGAAGGCGUCACCCAGAAAGUGUUAAGUUUUGAGAGUGGUCAAAUUAUCAGUCAGGUCAAUACUCAACAGAGCAGAUACAAGGAUCAGACCCAGAGAAGUUCGUAUCCUUCUCAUUUUCCCCGAGCGGAACAGAGUCCAAGUGAAAUCAAUGAAGAAAGGACACAAGUUCAACAGACAGAUGAAUCUCCCCUGGACGAAGAAGCGGGUGCUGUGAGGUUUGUGGGUGAAGAUGGACCGGAGACGGCUGAUGUUGUUCGACCACCUGAAACUACUGGAGCAACAUUCGGUUUCGAUGGUGGACAUGAGGUGUCCGCAAAUGACAUCGCUGACUUACAGCAAAAUUCACCCGAGCCAGGUCAACCAGCAGCCCUCUCUCUGAGUGACUUGCCAAAGGCCGAAAAGCGCCAAUUGACGGCUGAAGAGCACAACGCCAUUCUCCUCUCCAAUCCUCACAUGGCCAAGUCGAGCACGGCAAAUCCUGACUUCAUCAACCAAUACUAUCGCGAAUCCAGGUUACAUCACUUAUCUACCUGGAAAGCGGAUUUAAAAGCUCGGUUGCAGGCACGCACGCAGGAGAAACUGUCGUCUCAAAAGAACAGACUCCGAAUGGCACCAGGUGCAAGGAGAUACAUCAUGCACGUCGAUUUUGACAGUUUCUUCGCUGCUGUGUCUCUGCGUCAACACCCCCACUUGGUUGACAAACCCGUGGUGAUUGCGCACGGUAGCGGACCGGGAUCCGAGAUUGCGAGUUGUAACUAUCCCGCUCGGAAAUAUGGCAUUAAGAAUGGCAUGUGGAUGAAGUCUGCGUUGGCUAUGUGUCCAGAUCUCAAGAUCUUACCAUACGACUACAAAGCAUAUGAAGAGGCUAGCCGCCAUUUUUACGAUUCUAUUCUGGCGAUUGACGGCGUGGCUCAGAGUAUAAGCAUAGAUGAGGCGUUGCUGGACGUCAGCGAGCAGUGCAUCAAGGUCGGCGGUUCAGACGGAAGAGGUCUGUCGGAGGGGUCCAUAUACCGAGAACAAGAAGUUGCCCAGCGUCUUGCUCAAGAGUUGCGUGUCUCGGUGAAAGAAAAGACAGGCUGUGACGUUUCGGUGGGUAUUGGAGGCAAUAUUCUGCUCGCAAAGGUCGCUCUGCGAAAGGCCAAACCUGCCGGGCAACACCUGAUUAAGCCAGAGGAAGUUCUGGACUUUAUCGGCGAACUAACUGUCACAGAUCUGCCCGGUGUUGCCUGGAGUAUAGGGAACAAGCUGGAAGAAAUCGGGAUCAAAUUCGUCAAGGAUAUUAGAGCCUGCACGAAAGAUAGGCUGAUCACCACCUUAGGCCCAAAAACCGGUGAGAAAAUAUGGGAUUACUCUCGAGGCAUCGACAGACAGGAAGUGGGCGACCAAGUGAUCCGAAAGUCGGUGUCGGCCGAAAUCAACUGGGGAAUCCGGUUCGUCAAUCAACAACAGGCCGAAGAAUUUGUUCAAAGUCUUUGCGAGGAGUUGUCGCGGCGGCUUCUGGAGCAACUGCUCAAAGGACGACAAUUGACCAUGAAGAUCAUGCGCAAAGCUGCAGACGCUGGCCUAGACCCUCCGAAGAACCUGGGCCAUGGCAAAUGUGACACUUUCAACAAAAGUGUCGUGCUUGGGGUUGCCACAAAUGACGCAGCUAUCUUGGGAAAAGAAGCGAUUUCCAUCCUGCGUGGUUAUGGCUUCCCUCCUGGAGAGCUACGAGGACUGGGCGUACAAAUGCAGAAACUGGAGCCACUAAAGCCGUCCGCCGCGAGCUCAGGCGGGUAUAUGGACGGCAGCCAGCGAAGGCUACAAUUCAAGAAGCCUGUCACACAUACAUCAACAUCCCCUGGGCUGAAGAACCAGGACAGACAGAGCCCACUCCCCGAACGGACUCCGACGUCCAAAGAGGCGACUGAUCCUAUCGAAGAGGUGCCUACUCCCGAGAAGCCGAAACCGGGUGAGGCCAUUGCUGGUGCCAUUGAGAUAGCUGUCGCAGCCGGCGAAGAGACACCCACCCAGAAGCCUCUAAAUAUCGGCGGUACACAGUUCAUGCUCCCAUCUCAGAUUGAUCCAACCGUACUCGCAGAGCUACCGGCGGAUAUCAGGAACAAAAUUGUGCCCAGACAAAAGAGUAUCUUGGACAUUAUGAGCACCUCUGCUCGUGCGGCAUCGCCCUCCAACGAACCGCUAUCGCGCUCCGUCUCGCCCUUUCCGAGUGACAAUGAGGCUGCAUUACCCAGCCAGAGUCAACUUGAUCCCGAAACACUAGCAGCGCUCCCGCCAGACGUCAGGGACGAAGUGCUGGCCCAGUACAAGCAUCGAGACAAAAGAGAAAAGACCCCAGCACUACAAAGAGUGCUGCCUCAAUCGCCUCACAAACCCAGGGCGUUGGGUCCAGCGAAGAAGCUAGUUGUGACGCCAAGCAAGAAGCAGAAGACGACAUCAUUGUUCGGCAAGCCUGGUUCGAAGCGAGGUGGCGACUCUUCUUCGACCCUCACACAGUCCAAUUUCGUGUCUAUGCCCAAGCCGAAUCUGAAUCGACCAGAUCCAGACUCCCACAUCUUCGAAGAAAUAUCCGAGUCGUUUCUUAACGAAUUGCCCGAAGACAUUCGCUUGGAAAUUCUCGCAGAACAGAAGAGAAACCGAAUGAAAUCCCGGUCUGGCCUGAACUACGACAUUAACCGGAAAAAGACCAAAACGACUACUCCAGCAGAAGCUGCAGUGCGAGGGCAACAGAAGCUCCAAUUAACAAAUAAACCCGAUAGACCAACAUUCACUUCUCAGAAGCUGAGUUCCCUACCGGAACUGCGAGAUGCCAUCUCAGCUUGGGUACGGGAGCUCUCCGUCGACGGUGAAGAACCUGAUAUGGAGGAUGUAACUGCACUCUCUGAUUACCUGGCCAAGGUCGUCUCUGUUGAGCGGGACAUGGCCAAGGCUGUCGCUGUGGUCAAUUGGCUUGGGCUGGUGAUAGAGUACGAGAACUUUGGCAGUGACGAGACCCGCGGGUCGUGGGAGAAAGCGCUGGCUGUUCUGAAACGAGAGGUGCAGAAGGCUGUCAUGGCUAGAGGUCUGCCUGCGGUGGUAUUUGAAUACUAGAGUGAAUUUCGAGCAAGAUCAAAGAGACUCUGAGACGAUAUGUUCAUGAUCGCAGCAGAACCUGUGCUAUGUUGUCGCUUCACUUCGCACGCGUUCUUGCCUCACACCAAGGAAGAAUUCAGCGCAGGUGCGUCCCUUGCCGUCUUUAUGAAAACCUCCUCCGCCCGACCACAUCAACUUCUACUCUCUCUUUGAUCAUUC